AUGCAACACCAACAAAGGCUCUUCGAUCUGGACAUUAAGAAACGAGCCAACAUCGCUGAGAGGGUGCAAGAUACCACCCUCACCAACGAAGCAUUAGCCCAAUCUUCUACAAAAAAAGCCAUGCCUGUUACCAGUAUGGACGCAGAUGCAGAGAGAGGCAAGAAUGUUGGCUCCAGUCAGGAUCCUGCAGGUUAUAUCAAAAUAGCUCAACUGGAACAAAAGAUACAGAAACUCCGCAGUCUACAGAACACCUUUAAAUCUACUACUUGGCUUCUGUUACAUAAAAUCCAAGGCGACGAAACUACCUAUCUGCAAAGACCUUCUUGGCUGCCAGUGUUGGGGAGAUCGCCCCAACUGAAAGGGAUCUCACCACUAGCCAACGAGGCCAAAUAUCUCAAACAGAGACCUGAUGCUGCAUUCGUGGUAUACAGGCACUACGAUUCAACUUACCAGGAAAGAGAUAUUGGCAAAUUUGACGAUGAGGAAACAGCAUUUCCGGAUCCUAAACCUGUUCGGGAAGUCAUUCAGACACUAUCUCCACAGAUGGUCGCUGCCCUUGAUGCAUUUGUUGACUCCCAUCCAACAUUCAGCGAGAGGUUCCCGGUCUGGAAAUCGGAUGAACCAAUAGAUUCGCCUUUCUUGUUUUGGUACUACUAUCGUGGUUCAACCAAUAUUGAAACCAUAGCUGAACCGCACAAGAAGCAGAUGCAACUACUCACACAAUGGAUCGAUAACAACUACGGGAAGACACACACAGAAGUCGAGGCACAUUUCUCUCGGGGCUACAUAUCGGAACAAACGAUGCCAUUCUUCGUACGGCCUGGCGAGGUCCUGGUGUCAAAGACCGCCAAAGGUAUCCAAGGGUAUAUCGCGAAGUCUUGGGCAACCAAAGUCGAGUCUGGAGAUAUUCCUUCAAUCCAACCCAAUGUGCCAGACUCAGUCUCUCAGUCUUGGAAGAUUGAUGCUUGGUCCUACGGAUAUGACGGAAAGUUUUACAUCAAGAGCACGACGCUUAAGGUCACCCUCGAGUUUAACGAAGGAAGCCUGUAUGCCAAUAUAAUGGAUCUAGAUAUCUUGCCAAUGCGAUUGAGUACCAAGGAGUCCCAAACACUACUUGAACGUCGAGGGAAAACCAUGUGGGCCUGCAGGAAAAGGAACUUGGUUACUUACAAUCAUGUAAUUGACGGCAAUACGGUUGGUGAAGGAGAACGAUACAUGAUGGAUUUUGACACAUACAAGCAACUUCAUUCAGACUCGAAGAACUUCACAGAGGCAUAUCCGGAACUGGGAAGCUGGAAACGGAAAGAGAUGGAUGCAUCUAUCAUGGAUAGUGAGCAGAUGCCUCAAGGUUCUGAGUCGUUUGUAUUCCCCAGUACUAUUGUCGGAUACAACCUUCGCCAAAAGAAAUGGCAGGAUCUUCAUGUCGAUUAUAUCCAGCCAGUGCAUUGGAACAAGCAAGCCUUCAGACAUCUUGUCAUUGACAAAGAGAUUAAAGAUAUCAUCCAAGCCCUCGUUACAAGUAAGCUGGCCACAGACCAAACGACAGAUUUCAUACAGGGCAAAGGCAACGGACUAAUCAUACUAUUGCAUGGGGGUCCGGGUACUGGUAAGACGUUCACCGCCGAGAGUGUCGCCGAGCUAGCUGAGAAGCCCCUAUUCCGUGUGACCUGUGGUGAUAUCGGUACCAAGCCAGAAGAAGUUGAAAAGUACCUCGAGUCAGUCCUGCAUCUGGGUAAGAUAUGGGACUGUGUUGUAUUACUCGAUGAGGCCGAUGUCUUCUUAGAGCAGCGGACUUUGACAGACCUUGAGCGCAAUGCUCUUGUUUCUGUGUUUUUGAGAGUUCUUGAAUAUUACGAGGGAAUCUUGAUUCUCACCUCAAACCGAGUGGGCACCUUCGAUGAAGCUUUCAAGUCCCGUAUUCAGCUGUCCCUGCAUUACGAGAGCUUGAUCAAAUCACAGCGAAGGAGCAUCUGGGAGAACUUCCUUGAUCGAUUGAGCGCACUCGAGCAGGAGAGCACGGUGGUUCAGCCGAUCACGGACCGAAAGCGUAAAUUGGAACAGGAUCCAGGCAUUGACUUUGAUGACAUCGAACGACAUUUGGCGGAUUUGGCAGAGGAGCAGAUGAACGGGCGGCAGAUUCGGAAUGCGAUCACGACGGCGAGACAAUUGGCCAAGUUCAAAAACGAGAGUAUGACGUAUCGGCAUUUGGAACAUGUUAUUAAGAUUUCGAGGAAGUUUGAUAAGUAUCUUGAGAGGGUGAGGGAUAGUUAUACGGAUGAUCAGGUUGCAAGGGAGGAAGGUAUACGGUAG